CCGAACCGUGUUUAGUUGUGUUCUGUCCACACAUCAAUCAAACAUUCAAAGGAGUUGGAGAAUACCCGUAGUAGGGAGAACGGAUUUAAUUCUUGCGUCUAAUGCUGAGCUAAUCGAAAGACGUUCGAUUCCGCUAGAGAAACAGACCUAGAAGAUCACGAGAUCUUCACCUCACAUCGCCCACCUCCCUUCAUCCACCCUCGUGAAGUGCGUGUGCGCGUGUGUGUGUGUUUGUCUGGUAAUCGAAAGACGACGUCCUCCAGGUGAGGACAACCAUUCCCCUUCCCAAUGUGGACGACACACCAUCGAACCGGCCGUGAUGCCGGUGGCCGUUGCUUUCAGCUGCUCCUAGCCGUUGCCAUCGUGCUGACGCUCAACGUUCUGACAGUGCACAGUUUAAUACACUCGCCACCGCGCAUCAUCAAGCAGCCGCCACCGGACGAGAUGCUGUUCCAGGUGGCACAGCAGGGCGAAAGUGACAAACCUUUCCUGAUCGAGUGCGAAGCGGAAGGUGAACCAACACCGAAAUAUCGCUGGAUCAAGAACGGCAAAAAGUUCGAAUGGCAAACGUACGACGACCGCAUGUCGCAACAGCCGGGGCGUGGUACGCUGGUAAUUACGUCACCGCGCGAUGAGGAUCUUGGACAGUAUCAAUGUUUCGCCGAAAACGAACACGGUACCGCGACGUCCAACUCGGUGUUUGUGCGGAAGGCGGAGCUGAAUUCGUUCAAGGACGGCGCGCCGCAAACGGUACAGGCGGACGAGGGAAAACCGUUCAAGCUCGUCUGUCAGCCACCGGACGGUUGGCCAAAGCCAAACGUCUACUGGAUGAUCCAGAACAUGGAUGGCGGUAUACGGAGCAUUAACAACUCGCGCAUGACACUCGACCCGGAGGGCAACCUCUGGUUUUCGAACGUAACGCGCGACGAUGAGUCGAGCGAUUUCUUCUACGCCUGUGCAGCAUCGUCCGUGUUUCGUAGCGAGUACAAAAUCGGCAACCGGGUGCUGCUGCAGGUGCGCCAGACCGGCAUCUCGGCAACGCAGAACCGCCACCAACCGUUGCGCCAGUACGUGUCGCGCAAGAACGAGGUCGCACUGAAGGGCAAACAGAUCGAGCUGUUCUGUAUCUACGGCGGUACACCGCUGCCGGAAACGGUGUGGACGAAGAACGGGCGGGCUAUCAUCUGGAACGAUAAGAUCCAGCAGGACAACUACGGCAAAUCGCUCAAGAUUCGGCGCGUCUCGUCGGAGGAUUCGGGUGCGUACACGUGCGAGGUGUCGAACGGUGUCGGCAAUGCGGACUCGUACUCGAUCAACCUCGCGGUGAAUGCCGUGCCGUACUUUACGGUCGAGCCGGAAAUUGUGAACGCGGCCGAAGGGGAAUUCGCCGAGUUUAAGUGCGAGGCGGCCGGUAACCCGAAGCCCAACAUUAUGUGGAUUCACAACGGCAAGCAGAUCGAUCAGAGCUACGCGAACCCACGCCGCAUCAUACGCGCGAACAGCAUCUACAUCAGCAAGCUGAAGAAGAGUGACACCGGUAACUACGGUUGUAACGCCACCAACUCGCUCGGCUACGUGUACAAGGAUGUUUAUCUGAACGUUUUGGCCCUCGCGCCGGAAAUUACGGAUCCGCCGAAGCGCGAAUAUACCGUCGACCAGCGUAACGUGACGAUGACGUGCCGGGUUUUCGGUGCACCGAAGCCGGAGGUCAAGUGGUUGCGGAACGAUCGUGAACUGACGGGCGGACGCUACCAAACCAUGCCGACCGGCGAUCUGUUCAUUCGGGACGUGAAGUUUGACGAUGCGGGCGAGUACAAGUGUUACGCGUUCAACACACUCGGCAGCAAGACGGCAUCCGGUGAGCUCAGCGUCAAGGAGCGGACGGUGAUCAAUGAUCCGCCGCAGGACUACGAAGUGGUGGCCGGCACGACCGUCACGUUCCGCUGUAACGCCAUCGCCGACUCGUCGCUCGAGCUGACGAUCGAGUGGCUCACGAAGGGGGAGAUCAUCGACUUUGAAAAUCAGCCCCGGUUUAUCCGAACGUCCGACAACUCGUUGAUGAUUUCGAAAACGAUCGAGCUGGACACGGGCACCUACUCCUGUCUGGCACGUACCGAUCUGGAUGAGGUCAUGGCAAACGCAACGCUCACGGUAAUGGACAGACCGAAUCCGCCGACGCUGAAGCGUGUCACCUGUAUGGGCAAGGUGGCCAGAAUCGAAUGGGCCUCGAACGGUGACAAUCGCUCGCCGAUCCUGAACUACAUUAUCGAGUACAACACGUCCUUCACGCCGGAUACGUACGAUGUGCUGACGGACGAUGUGCCCGGUACGGACCUAAUCUGGACGGUCAACACGACACCCUGGAACAACUACACCUACCGCGUGAUUGCGGUCAACAAGAUCGGCCAUUCGCUACCGUCCGGGCACAGUGAGGUGUGCACCACGGAGACGAGCGUGCCGUACAAAAAUCCGGACAAUCUCGAAGGUGAGGGUACCACACCGAACAAUCUCGUCAUCAAGUGGCGCCCGCUGGCACAGGUCGAUCACAAUGCGCCGGGGCUGCAGUAUCGGGUUUACUGGAAGCGGGACAUACCGAGCGCACCGUGGAGUUCGGCGGAUGUGCGUGAUUGGCGGCAGUCCAGUUAUACGGUCGAGGGACUGCCAACAUUCACGCGCUACCGUGUCAUGGUGAUCGCACUGAACGAGCGAGGCGAGGCCAAUUCUGGCCCGUGGGAGGUGGAAGCGUACACGGGCGAGGAUACACCGCUCGAUGCACCGACCAACUUCACGCUGAUACAGGUGACCGGGCCGAAAACGGCCAUCCUCAGCUGGAAUCCGGUCGAUCCGGAAUCGCUUCGGGGUCACUUCAAGGGCUACAAGAUCCAAACCUGGACGGAGGCGGACGGUGAGGAAAAUUUGCGCGAAAUUUUGGUCACCGCCGACUCGAAACAGGCACUGGUGACGAACUUCAUCCCUGAUGCGACCAACUUUGUGCGCGUGCUCGCGUACAACGGGCGGUACAAUGGACCGGCGAGCACGGUACUGUCGUUCGACACGCCCGAAGGUGUCCCGAACACGAUCGAAGCGCUCGAAGCGUACCCGCUCGGUUCGUCCGCUUUUCUGCUGCGCUGGCGAAAGCCACUCCAGGCGAACGGUAAGCUUACCGGGUAUCGGAUCUACUACGAGGAGAUCAAGGGUACGACGGUUGGUCCGCGCAUGGAACGCGAACCGCACAUCUCCGAUCCGGCGGUGCUGGAAGCGAAACUGGCCCGCCUGAAGCCGGCAGCCAAGUACCGCAUACACGUGGUCGCUACAACCAAGGCUGGUGAAGGUGACGACUUGUACAUCGAACGGGCAACCUCGUCGGGACUGGGAAUACCACCGGAUGUACCCAACUUCUACUGGGAAAAUCUUCCCACGGACAAUGGACUGGCCAACAUUAAGGUGGUGUGGCAGCCGGCCCUCGGCGGUAAGGCCGGUUCCCACUUCUACGUGAAGUAUCGCGUAAAGGACGAAUCGAGCUGGCAAACGACCGAUCCGGAGCUGUACGAAAACUACCUCGUCGUGCACGGUAUCAAUCCGGACCAUCUGUACGAGUUCCGGGUCGUUUCGGUCGAUGGCGAAUAUCAGACGGAGUCGAGCACGCAGGAAGUUGACACCUAUGGCAUCCAAAGCUCCGUGAAGGUGCCGGGAGAUAAUAUUGCGACGGCCGGUUGGUUUAUCGGUAUGAUGCUUGCGAUUGCGUUCCUUAUACUGGUGCUGAUCAUCAUCUGCAUCGUGAAACGUAACCGUGGCGGAAAGUACGAUGUGCAUGAUCGCGAGCUGGCAAAUGGCCGCAACGACUACACCGAGGAGGGUGGCUUCCCGGAGUACUCGCAACCUGUUUUACGUGAUUACAGUUUGGACAAUAAAAGCCAGGGCCGACAAUCGCUGAACUCGCAAAAAGUAGGACCGGAAAGUGAUACAGAUUCCAUGGCGGAAUACGGUGAAGGUGAUACAGGUGGUCAGUUUACGGAAGAUGGCUCCUUUAUUGGACAGUACGUACCGGGUAAGCCGCCAGUUAGUGCCCAGUCCACGCCACAGAACCCAUCGCUACAGGGCGCGAACGCUGGUAUGGCAACGUACGUCUAAGAUGGAAGUGUGGAUACAACGCGCCCAUCAUCGGCAGUAUCACCAUCCGCGCACUCUAAGAACAACAUACACACCAGCGAUGCGAAUUGCGUUAAUCGGCAGUCAGUACUGUGCAGACAUCCUUCAGGAAAAGCAUAAUGAAAAUGCACUCUAGAAGAAGCAUAUUUGCGCUCCUCACCGCCUCGCUCAAUAGAACGAUGCAUGCAUGCUAGCGCUAUAACAAGGAGAGGAGUAGUAUUGCGAGACGCGACACACUGCCGAAAACCCUACAUCUACAUAAUCAACACCAUCUUUAGUAUCUGAUUUGAAAAAAAAAAUGAAGUUAAGAUAGCUGAGAUAGAAUCUCUUAAAAGAGCUACUUUUAGACAUCAGGCUGCUUCGUUUUCUUAUUUGUAGCUCGACUGAGUUGAAGAGAACCGCAAAUCAAAUCAGAUUGUGUUGUUUUGCAAAACCGCAAAGCUGUCGGUGGGGAAAGUAAAAGAAAAAAUCAAGUAUUAAUUUAGUAUACACACAAAAAUAUAUGAAAGUAAUGAUGUUUUUCGCGCGUGUGUGAGGAGAGAGGGACAGUGAGAGGUGAACGUUUUUCGGCACAAGGAAACGAUCGCAUGGAUGCAAAUAUCCCUCCCAGGCAGGACACGUUUAAUCGGUUUUUUGUUUUUUUAUUUUUGAAUUGUUUUUUUUAAGGAAACCGUUUUUUAAAAGCACGCUUGCUCUCACUUUUAUCAAAGAUUAGCAACCAUAAAAGUCGUUUGUUUCUCGAAUUACAACCCCGUAAAGCUAUACAAUGCAUUCGGACUAACGUAACGUUGUUUAAGGAUAGUUGAUGCUGCCCCCCCAAUGCGGGACAGUUUAACGUUGUAUUGAGAUAAUAGAUACCGAAUCAUACAUUCUCUCAUCUUACAUAUGUACGUGCAAAAACAAAACAAAAUAUAGGAAGAAAUCGAAUCUCUAUAGAAACCUAAUUGCUUUAGAGAGACACACAUCGACAACCACACACAAUGUGUCGCACAAUCUCAUCCGCGAAUGCCGAGACGAGCGUAAAAGGCAUUAGGUGUAUCGAAUAUCUUUUUUGCGUCCAUUCGUAUGUAAUCUCUAUAACGAUUAGCUACAUGUGUUUUUUUUAUAUAUAUUUUUACCAUCGCCUUGGUUUAAAGAGUAAAACCCCAUGAACUAGAUUUAUUUUCGUGGUCCUUGGUCACUACUCAAACAAGACCGGCCCCCCCUGUGUAUGCGUGUAAGUGCGUCAGGAAAAGGGAUCCAACUGAGCAGCUUUUGUUUGUUCAUGCCUUUCCCCUCCAAGGGGUGGAACAACGAACGUACGAUUUAUUAACCUUCACCCACGCUGCACCUAACAAUGUUGUUGUUAUCUUUAUGUGUACUGUAUAUUGUGUAUGUGAAAUUCCGCGUAUUGCGGCUGAUGGAAAUUUGUGAAAGCUUUUUUUGUUUUAUUUUCAAACAUCACCUGACUCCGAAUUAGUCCCAAUACAACACAAAUUUAAUGUAUCAAACCAAUUCUCACAGGAGAUCGGGGUUUUUUUUUGUGGCACCGUUUCGGCGCCGAAAACGAAAUAUUAGGACGCGUGCUGAAGGAUUUAUCCAUUGUCAAGUUAAAACCAGAUUAUAGGCACACACGAAAAGCUAAAGAGAGAAAACGAACGAACGCCAGCGUUGAAAAUUCUCUUCCAUGGAUGUGAGGAAUCGAAGCAAACGAGAAUACGAUUAUUGUUCUUUCGUGUUUCUUUCUUUUCGCAAGAAGAAAAACAGCAGGACGGAAUUCUUUAUUUUUAACAUUAUUUAUAAUAAUAAAAAAAAGUAAGCAUUACUAGGAAACAGUAUGCAUUUUUUC